CUGCCGUCUACCAUCUGCCACCAGCCCCAUCGCUCACUCAUUUUCGUCCAAUUCCACCCUUUCCCACACACAACUGAGUUGUCCAUCGCAUCGAGAACGCCGGGCGUCCACCACCAAACACUCCUUGGAUUUCCUACUCUUCGACAACAGCGACAACUUCUAAUAAAACACACGCACACGCACACGCAUGCAUCUGCUCUCCCACUUGCAACUCACGAAUACCGCAAAGCUCCCACGCCGCUAAUUCGCACACUCGCACACUACUCCCACGUAUCACCCGACGAGCCAGUGAGACACUUCCCGCUAGACGCCGACGUGCAUACGCCCAUCCAAAUCAUCCGAACGAACACCUGA